AUUAUAAUGUAAGAUAUUGAAUAAAAUUUAUAAAUACAUGUACAGGACGCAGGAUGAUAGGUGAGCCAACGCCAUAACAUAGAUCUAUUAUAAGACUCGGAUGGACAAAGAAUAUUUAUUUCAAUGUAAUUGAAGUUUAAACAAAAUUUUAUUAUAAAAUCGGUGGGAAUGGGCAAUUGCCUACGCAAAAACAGCAAUGAGGAAUCUGCACAAGUUCCAGAUAAUAGCACAAGAGCCGCGGAUACAACAAUUUUAUCGGAUAACCACACGGAAAAUAUUGCAGCUAAUGAAGCAUCGACUAAUUACAAGUUUCCUACGUCCGCUAAUAUCGACAAGCUAGUGCUGGAAAUCUUAGGUGUCAUUGGCUUACUUGUCGACAAUGAACAGGAACCACCGCCUGCGAUGCUGAAAUUACACAAUAUCGCUGAUAAAGAAGAUGGUUGGAUACAAGUUGUUAGUUCUAUGGUUAAUGUAAUUCCUAUGCAUAAUCCAUUGGGUCCAUCAGUCAUAUCUUUAAUGUUAGACGACUGUCCAUUACCUUCUAAAGAUUCAGUUUUAAGGCUGUCUCAAAUGUUUCAAUUAUCUCAAAAACAUAAUAAGAUACAAACUAGUUCCACUCAGCAACGUAAUAUUUGCGUAGUUCUGGGAUGUAUUGCGGACAGAUUAGCCGGUCCUAGUAGUAUAGCAAUUUUAUCGGAUGCUACUUUAGAUUACCUUGUGUCAAAUCUUAGAGAAGAUAUUGAACCGUACGUUGUAUUAUAUUCUUUGAUAGCUUUAGAAAAGUUUGCCCAAACAAGUGAGAAUAAAAUAACUAUUAAAAGGCGACUUUUAGAAGAGAAACCAAAUCCCCUGUUAGAAUUAGAAAAGUGGGUCAAUGAGACUCACUAUGUUCGUCGACAACUCGGCUUUUGCGCUCAAUGGUGCUUAGAUAAUUUAUUUUUAAUAGAUGGCCGAAAAUAUUCUUAUGAUACGGUUGACAUGACUGGCAUUAAUGUGAUGUUAAAUACAAAGGACGUAAGUGAGUACCUGAAAAUUUCGCCCAAUGGUUUAGAGGCGCGAUGUGACGCUUGUUCAUUUGAAAGUGUUAGAUGUACUUUUCAAGUUGACAAAGGAGUAUGGUAUUAUGAAACUUUAAUUAUAACGACAGGCGUAAUGCAAAUUGGAUGGGCUACAAAAGAUAGCACGUUUCUUAAUCAUGAAGGUUACGGAAUUGGAGACGAUCAGUUUUCAUUAUCGUUUGAUGGAUGCAGAAGACUAAUCUGGCACAAUGCACGUAGUGAAAAGUUUUAUUCCAUACCCUGUUGGAAAGCUGGAGAUACUUUAGGCUGUUUGCUUGAUCUAAAUAAAUUAGAAAUAGUUUUUUCUAUAAAUGGAAAUGCAUUAAAACCAUGCGUCCAAUUAUUUAAAAGUGCAAGGUCAGGAUUCUUUGCAGCUGCUAGUUUUAUGUCGUUUCAGCAGUGUCUUUUUAAUUUUGGGAAUAUACCGUUUAAAUAUCCACCUUCGGAUCGAAAUUAUCAGACAUUUAACAAUCAUGCUAAUUUAGAUCCCGAAGAUAAAGUUGUUUUACCAAGGCAUAUAUACCUCGACCAGCUUAGAAAACUCAGUGUUAGAGAAGAUUCAUGCACAUUAUGUUUUGAUCGUAAAGCAUCCAUUAAAUUACUGCCUUGUGAUCACCGGGGAUUCUGCCAACCCUGUUCAAAACAAUUGAUUGAGUGUCCAAUGUGUAGAGCGACGAUUAAAGAAAUGUCAGUGGAUAAGACUUGACGCUCACCAAAACAUUUAGCAUUUAUGAAUCGUUUAUAUUUUAUUGCAACAUGUAAUUCUAAAGGAAUGUCAGAUAAUCACUAAUUAACAGAUUAUCGAUUAAUUUAUUAGAAGCGUACAAUCACUUGAAAACUACCAGUCGGGUCUGAUGGAAGCUUUUUCUUAUACGAUGAUUGAACUCCAGCUUGGAAUAUAAGAAAAAGUUUAGGCAUCUUAUAGAUUUUAAGACUUUCUAGAACGUUUGCAAAUAUAAUACCUUUUGAAUUCUUAUCGAAAG